GGAGGAUGGAGGAGAAGCCCUCCGCUAGCAUCAAGCCCUACCUGGACAAGCUUACCCUGGGGGUCACACGGAUACUGGAGACUUCUCCAGGAGUUGCUGAGGUGACGUUUGUGGAAAAGGAGCCAGCUGAACGCCACACAAUCGUUUCAUGGGAGCAAAAAAACUCCUGCACAUUGCCAGAGGAUUUAAAGAACUUCUAUCUGAUGACUGACGGGUUCCAGAUGACCUGGAGCGUGAAGACCGAUGAUGCCCCAAUGCCCCUGGGCUCCAUGGUGAUUAAUAGUGUCUCGAAGCUAUGUCGGCUUGGGGGUUCCUCUAUGUACACUCUGCCUAAUGCACCAACUCUCGCUGACCUGGAAGAUGACACAGAUGAGGAAGAUUUUUUUCUAUUUUCAGGUAAUGGAGACAAACCAGAGAAACCACACUUUGAUUCUCGUAGUCUUAUCUUUGAAUUAGACCCAUGCAAUGGGAAUGGGAAAGUUUGUCUUGUUUAUAAGCACGCUAAACCAGUUGUCUCCCCAGACACAGAGAUAUGGUUCCUGGACAGAGCUCUGUAUUGGCAUUUCCUCACCAAAACCUUCACAGCCUAUUACCGCCUGCUCAUUACCCACCUGGGUCUCCCACAGUGGCAGUAUGCCUUCACCAGCUAUGGGGUCAGCCCCCAGGCCAAGCAAUGGUUUAACAUGUAUAAACCCAUAACCAUCAACACAGCUCUCCUCUCUGAAGAAGCUGAUUCCUUUGUGAACAAGCUGGACCCCAAUAAGGUAUUUAAAAGCAAGAACAAAACACCAGUGAUGAAGAAGAAACCACCCCCCCAGCCAGCAGGCUCCCAAAAAAGUCACACAAGCAUGACCUCCUCCAAGACAUCCUUACUACCUGGGAAUUCUUCAAGGAAGUGAGACCCCCAAAUCUGACCCUGGACAGCAUUUGCAAUAAACUUUGAUAUUCUCUGAUGCAGAGUCUCAGUGGUUCAGACCAAGUUCCUUGUGCAUGAAUAGAUGUGCCCGUGGAAAACACAUUGCAGUAUUUGCAUGAAAUAUAGCCACGAUGUACUUUGACUUGGGAAGGAUGUAGUUCCUGGAGACUCUGAGAAGAAAACUGGAGACAUUGAUUUUAUUCCCUUCUGCUACUUGCAGCAUGUACUUUUCAGAGGGCAUGAAGAAGCCCUUGAUGUCACUGCUCUAUAGGGAAGCUUUUGUUCCUGUGCAGCUACAGCAGUGAAAUGAAAGUAAAUGUA